CAAAACUCACAAUCCUAUUCACACCACGCACACACAAUCCCAACUCCGAUUUCAAGAUGAAGUUUUUCCUGCUGUUGGCGAUGUUAUCAGGAUGUGCUGCACAUCCUCGAGAUCUGUCCGGUAAAAUGUUCACCUUCCCACAACAAACCUCCACAGCUCGUGUGCAAAUGACCUCAACACGGGAUUUCAGUGCUGUAACCGUCUGUCACAGGUCCUUUACAGACAUCAAAAGAGACCACGUCCUUUUUUCUAUGGCCACAACGACUAAUGCCAAUUCCCUACUGAUUUUCUGGGACGAAACAAACAAAGAGAUGGAGCCCCAUAUCAAGGAUAAAAAGUCAGAAUAUGGAGGGCUGGACUACAAGCCCAACAUGUGGCACUCCAUCUGUACCACAUGGGACUCUACAACCGGACUGGUGCAGCUGUGGUUUGACAGUCUACCUUUGAUUAGGAAAUAUGUCACCUCUGGAUCAAGCAUCAGAGGAAACACUAUAAUUAUCUUAGGACAGGAGCAGGAUUCCCACGGUGGGGGGUUUAACCUGAAGCAGUGUUUCGUUGGCAUGAUGUCUGAUCUCCACAUGUGGGACUACGCCCUCUCCGGCUGCGAAAUCCAGAAGUACAUGGAUGAUCUAAGCUUCACUCCGGGGAACGUGCUCAACUGGAGUGCGCUGGAUUUCCAGAUUUUUGACAGAGUGCUGAUAGAAGAUAAACAAACGUCCUGCACCUAAACUUUAAAAACCAAGCCAUCCAUAUAAUGAGAUUCAAAAAUGAAAUUUUCUGUGCUUGAUGUCCGAUGUGAAGUAUGAGUUACCAAUGUCAGCACUUUAUGAUUACUGUUUAUUAAUCUGAACUCCAAACUGUUCUUUUUACAUUUUACUCACUGUGUCCUUGUAUUUCACUGCAAUAUAUAAGUUCUGCAGCUCUAUGGAAUCAGCACAAUCAUGGCUAAAAGGGGGAACAAAUCAGAAAUGUCUUUUGCGCAGUAUAACACCUUUAUAAUGACUUAAAUCAUAAAAGAAAAAAAAACGCAAGUUGAAUGUCACUGCUAUUUUUUUUUUUUAAUUGAAUGAAAUUGAAUUUAUAUAUACAACACUUUCCCAAGUGCUCCCGAUUUUCCUGAACAUUGUGAAAAAAAUUAGGUCUCCACAUGCUAUACAUAUUGAGGUAUUUAUAUUAUUUACACCUCUACUUGCAGUCUCUCCUGUCCUCUCCUCUCUGCUCUGUGUAAACAGAAUUUAAUGUUUUUAACAGGAUCUAGUUAUUCCAAACUGUUUAUUUUUGUUUUAAAUGAGACAUAAUGAAUUAAAAUAAAGUGAUUUUGACACAAAUA